GCCAUGUUCGCCCUGCCGCGCAACGCCCUCAUCGGCUUCAACCUCUACUGCGGCGGCGGCACCGGGCCCGGAGGGGGCGGCGGCGGAGGGGGCCCGGCCUCACCGGGGGGGACCCCGGCCCCCCCCUCCCCCUCUUCCCCCCCCCCUCCCCUCCUCUCCGGUCCCGCCGCCCCCUCCCCGUUCCCGGCGGCUCGCGGCGCCCCCUGCUCGCUGCUGAUUGGCUCCGCCGCCGCUCCGCGCUCGCUGAUUGGCUCCGCCGCUCCCCGGUCGCCGCCGUUGUGGAGCCCCGAGGAGGAGCUGGACGGCUGCGAGCCCGAGGCCGAGCUGGGGGGGCCCGGAGGAGGAGGAGGGGGGGGGGGGUCCUUACCGGGGACCCCCCCGGAGUUACCCGCGGAUGAGUUGAGGCAGGACUCGUUGGAAUUGAUCCUCCGGUAUCUGCGGGAAGCGGCGGGGGAAACGGAACCGGGCUUGAAAAAGUUUUUGCCGGGGCUUUUGGGAAGGCCCGGAGGGGCGGGGGACGGCGUGAUGGAGAAAGCGCUGGAAACGUUGAGGAGGGUGGGGGACGGAGUCCUGGAGAAACACGAGCUGGCCUUCCAAGGAAUGCUUCGGAAGCUGGAAAUCAAGAAGGAGGAGGACCUGCAGGCCGUGGGUGAGGUGGCGGCCCACCUCUUCAGCGACGGGGUGACCAACUGGGGGCGCGUCGUCACCCUCAUCUCCUUCGGCGCCUUCGUCGCCCGGCACCUGAAAAGCGUAAAGCAGGAGAAAAGCAUCGGCUCCCUGGCCAGGAUCAUCACCGACGCCCUCGUCUCGUCCAAACGCGAGUGGCUCGUGAGCCAGGGAGGCUGGGAGGGUUUCGUCGACUUUUUCCGAGUGGAAGACCUGGAAGGCAGCAUCAGGAACGUGCUGAUGGCGUUCGCAGGAGUGGCUGGACUGGGAGCGAGCUUGGCCUACAUGAUCCGGUGAAACCCCGGCAUGCCGCAGAGGUGCGGAACUCUGGGUGGCCCGGCUCUCUUGGCGUGGAGCUGGCGAGCUUCCUCCUGCGGGCGUUAUUUCUGAAGCCAAGACUUGAGCGACCCCCCAGGAGAACCCCCCCAGGCCUCCCCCACUGAGCGAUCCUUUCCUCCGAAGGAAGGCGAGGCGUGCGCCGGUCGGAUUGUGAGAGGGGACCCGAUGAGGAUUAUCGCUUUUUGGGAGCAGAAAAGCGGAAGAAGUUUGGUGGAUGGGCUCGGUUUGAGAGCCCGAGUGGACUGCUUCGGUUUUACCCCGGAGUUUUGAGCCUCGCCUGGACUGAAGCCUCUUGAGCUUGGCGUGGUGGGAGCGAAAUAUUCAGAGCUUGGUGCUCCUGGGGAGAGCAGCUCCUCUGGCAGAGCUUCGAGUGCGAGCCCGGCGCCGCCUCGGGAAGGAGCGGAGCCCCCCCGGGGGCUGGCAGGAGGUGGCAGGGAGGCGGCGGAGCGGGGCCGGCGCGGCGCGGUGACCGCAGGCAGCUGCUGCCCCGUCUGACUGCUCUCGCUGCACCACAGGCAGUUUAAAAAUAGGGAGUGCACUUUGUGGGUAUUUACAAAAAAAAAAACUACAAAACAACAACAAAAAAAAAGAGCCAUGGGGCGGAGAAAGCUGUAAAGAAGCUGUAAAUACGUCCAAGCUGUAGGAUAUGUACAUUUUUUACCGAGCUAACAGUGCAGAGGUAAAGGGGUUGAGCGUGACGGAGCUGCUUAGGGGCACGCCGUGCUUCGUCCCUCGUGUGGUUGUAGCAAAACCUUCGGCCUCGACGCCGAGUGAGCCCUUCAGAGAGGCACCCGAGCCAAAUUCGCAAGGAGCACAGCAAGGAGCAGCGGCCUGGGGGGCUCGCGUUGUGCCCACAGCUUGCUGGUGACACUUGGUGUUCCUGUUUAUUUUUUAUCUCCCUUUUUUUUGGGGUUUUCUAGCUCCUUCUAGUAGAUGGGGAACUUGGUGUCAGUUCCUUCCUUCUCUCCCCUCUAAUCUUGACCCCGUAAGCAGGGAGUGGAACCAAGCUGGUGUUUGAAUGUAAAUGUUCUGCAGCAGAACCCAAAACCCGGUGCCUCCGCCAGGGCCAGCCCCAUGUGCUCCAGCCGUGGAUCGGUCGGGUCCGGGGGCAGCUCAGCCUCGCAGAACGGGGCCCUGAGCAAGUGAGAGGGGAGAGAGAGAAUGUGCCUACGGUGCUUGACCUGCAGCCUGAGCGAUGCCCCAGACAACCCUGAGCAGGGAGCUGGAGGGCAGCGCUCGCCAGGCCUGCUUGUGUGCUGAGCAAGCACUUAGAUCUGCCAAUAAAUGUUUUUUUUGA